CACUGAGCCGCCCCCCCCACCCACCACCACCACCACCCCAGUCGGCUGUCUCCGCGCGCUCCGCGGACGGAGAAACGGACGUUUUUUGGGAAAGUCGCCGUUUGACUGGAUUCGCUCCCCAAUCUUGAGUUAUUCUCGCUGCUUCUAUCACAUGGCGCAGAUUGGCAGCAUCAUGGUUUGGCUCCGUGGUGCCCUUGUGACCGGCUGCAUUUCCUGGAAUAAGCUGGAACCUGAGCCUUGAAAGCCACACCAUGGAACGCCUGUAGUAUCCCACACAUCACCUUCACCCGCCCCACCAGCAUCAGCAGGAAUCAGAAACACAAAGAGAGAGACAUACAAAUAACGGACACACAGGAGGACUUCCAGAUCUGUGCCUUCAAUCUGCUGUGGGAGACCCUUUAUAUAUUUAGGUUAGCCAGCUUGAAAGGGAUCUUUUGGAGGGGAGUGAGUGCCAGUUUGUGUGUGUGUGUGUGUGUGUUUCCUUUCUAGAGUAGGUGCCUGCCCUUGGGCACUGAGGCCAUGAGGCCAAAGACUUUCCCGGCUGCCCCGUACGUGGGCAACACACGCCAGAGGCUUCAGGAGAUCAAGGAGGGCCUGAAGCAGCCGGCCAAGCUGGUGAGCCAGGCUCUGCACGGAGGCAGCUCCCGGACUGAUGGCGGCAGAGGGGCCGACUGCAAGAGCGGGAAAGACACGGCAAGCCGACAGCAGCAGCUCCGACCCCCGCAGAAGUUCAACAACUACCAGAAUGCCCUGCGGGAAAUCCGCAAGUCGCUCAUGCCCUUCGCCAAUGAGUCCGGUCCAUCCUCCGGGUCGGGACACCUUGCGGGUGCUGGGGAGGUGAACCGGCAGAUGCUGCAGGAGCUGGUCAAUGCCGGCUGUGACCAGGAGAUGGCGGUGCGGGCGCUGAAGCAGACAGGAAGCAGGAACAUCGAAGCGGCGCUAGAAUACAUCAGCAAAAUGGGUUACCUCGACCCUCGCAAUGAGCUCAUCGUCCGUGUCAUCAAGCAGACUUCACCAGGAAAAGCUGGAAUGCCAAAUGCAAUGGACCACCGGCCUGCGUUGGAGGCUUCAGGUGAGGCAGGUGCCAUGCCUCCAUACCAUCAGAUGGGGGCUCCCAUGUAUGAGGGGGCGGCAGGAUAUGGCCCUGAGGGUGAGAUGCCCAGGCCCUACUUGAGCGCUCCCCCUGUUAUGAACUACAUGAUGCCCCCAUCUGGUGCAGCACAGGGCCCUGCCAUGGGAAACCCAAUGGGUCGACCUCCCAGUAUGGGAUCCUAUCCACCAGUGAUGGCCACCCAGAGCAACCCAGCUAACACCAUGUACCCUCCAGGAGCCCAACAGAAAGGCUACCCUGGGAGUAUGGACCAGCACGGGCCCAUAAUGAGCUACAACGUCCCUGGUCAGCCUCUGCAGCUCCAGCCACAGCCACCAGGGGGCCCUGUCCCAGGCCCCCACUAUGACUACGGUCAUGCCAGGCAGCACAUGAUGGAGCCCGCAGGCUAUGGCGUAAAGAGGACCCCCUCCUUCCAGAACAAGAUGGCACCCCCAGACAACUACGUCAACAUGCAGGGCAAAGGGGCCAUGGGUCAGAACGGGCCAGGAGGAGGAGGGGGAGGGUACCCCGCUAACCUGUACCUACCCCCUCACUCGCACCCCCGACAGGCUAGUCCCACCUCCCACCAGGUCCACAUAAUGUCCCGUUCCCCAGGUGGGGUGGCAAGCAUGGGCCCUGACUUCCCAGAUCUGCCACAGGGCUUGAUGACACCAACUAGGGCCAGUCUCAACCUGGACCUGUAUGAGCACCACUGGGCAGGGCCUCCGGGCCCUGAAGGGGCCCCCCCAGCCAGGCAACCCCAGCCCCAAGGCCCAUUCAGGGGGGAGGUGCGUGUCCCCAGCAGAACCAAUUCCUUUAACAGUCGCUCUGCGGGGCCCAACGGUGUCCGGCCUGCGAUGGCUGCACCUCCUACAGCUGGAAAACAGGAGUCCUCCUUGGGCCCACCGAACACCAUCACGGCUGUGACAUCCCCGCCCAUUCAACAGCCGGUAAAAAGUAUCCGCGUGAUGAGGCCAGAGCCCAAGACAGCCGUGGGACCGUGUCACCCUGGCUGGAUGACUGCUCAGGCCCAGGAUGCAGCAGAACCUCUGGCCUAUAUGCCAGAGGAGACUUACUCCCUCGAGCCUGCACAGGAGCCACGCUGCCCGCCGCCACCUUACCCCAAAAAUCUACUCAUGUCUGGGGCAGCUGGCGAGCCAGGGGCCCUGGAAGGAGCUGGGGCCAUGUGUGGCGCUCAGGACCUCAGCAACCCUACUGCCAGAAGCACACACAAUGGCAGCGGUGGGAGUGGAAAGGGAGAGGAGAGCCAGCAGGUGAAAGAGAAGACAAAGAUGGGGAAGGGAGAAAAAACAGUGAAAGACAAGAAGCAGAUCCAGACGUCACCUGUCCCAGUGAGGAAGAAUGGACGCGACGAGGAGAAGAGGGAGUCACGCAUCAAGACCUACUCACCUUUCGCCUUCAAGUUCUACAUGGAGCAGCACAUAGAGAAUGUGAUGAAGACCUACCAGCAGAAACUCAACCGCAGGCUUCAGCUGGAACAAGAGAUGUCCAAGGCUGGUCUGUCAGAAGCAGAGCAGGAACAGAUGAGGAAGAUGCUGAACCAGAAAGAGUCCAACUACAACAGGCUACGUCGUGCUAAAAUGGACAAGUCCAUGUUUGUCAAAAUCAAGACGUUGGGCAUAGGUGCCUUCGGUGAAGUGUGUCUGACGCGUAAAGUGGACACCGGUGCACUUUAUGCCAUGAAAACGCUUCGCAAGAAAGAUGUUCUGAACCGCAACCAGGUGGCUCACGUGAAAGCGGAGCGUGACAUCCUGGCGGAGGCCGACAACGAGUGGGUGGUGCGUCUCUACUACUCCUUUCAGGACCGCGACAGCCUCUACUUCGUCAUGGACUACAUCCCCGGAGGCGACAUGAUGAGCCUGCUCAUCCGAAUGGGCGUCUUCCCCGAACCUCUGGCACGCUUCUACGUGGCGGAGUUGACGCUGGCUAUCGAGAGUGUCCACAAGAUGGGCUUCAUCCACCGCGACAUCAAGCCUGACAACAUCCUCAUUGACCUUGACGGACACAUCAAGCUGACGGAUUUCGGUCUGUGCACAGGCUUCCGCUGGACACACAACUCCAAGUACUACCAGAAAGGAAGUCACGUCAGACAGGACAGCAUGGAGCCCAGUGACUUCUGGGAUGACGUUUCCAACUGUCGGUGUGGCGACCGGCUGAUGACACUGGAGCAGCGCGCCAACCGGCAGCACCAGCGCUGCCUGGCUCACUCCUUGGUGGGAACGCCAAACUACAUUGCACCUGAGGUGCUGCUGCGCAAAGGUUACACCCAGCUGUGUGACUGGUGGAGCGUGGGAGUAAUCCUGUUCGAGAUGCUGGUGGGACAGCCGCCCUUCCUGGCUCCCACACCCACCGAGACUCAGAUUAAGGUCAUUAACUGGGAGAGCACACUGCAGGUGCCCGCCCAGGUCAAACUGAGCCCCGAGUCUGUCGACAUCAUCGGUCGCCUCUGCUGCUCUGCAGAGGACCGGCUGGGCGCCAACGGCGCCGGUGAGAUCAAGGCCCACCCCUUCUUCGCCCAGAUGGACUUCUCCAGCAAUCUACGGCAGCAACCGGCCCCCUACCGGCCCAAGAUCGCCCACCCAAUGGACACGUCCAACUUUGACCCCGUGGAGGAGGAGGGUGGCCCCGGGGCAUGGAGUGACAGCGGGGACAGCACCCGCGCUUUCGACACGCUCUACUCCCCGCAUGGGAAGCACCCAGAACACGCCUUCUACGAGUUCACCUUCCGCAGGUUCUUCGACGACCACGGCUGCCCCUUCCGCUACCCUAAACCGCUUGAGGCCAGCGUGGUUCCGCCAAGCAUCUCCGGAGCCAGCAGCAUGGGCCCAGAGGAGGAGGAGGAACAGGAAGAAGAAGAGGAGGAGGAGGAGGAAGAGGAGGAAGAGGAGGAGGAGGAGGAAGAGGAAGAUGAAGAGGAGGAGGGAGAGCAGGGGGAAGGAUGUGAGCCGGUGUACGUCUAGAGCUGCAGACCGAUACUUUUCCUGUGCAGGGUGUGUCUGUAACUGCCGAUUAACGUUCAUCAUUGAGCUCAUGACCCUCCCGCCUGCCGCUGCUCUUCUUCUGUGUAUGUGUCUGUGUGUGUGUUAUGCAUAUCUGGCAUGUGUGGUUGUUAAAUUGCAGGAGCAGGAUUGACAAACAUCGCCACCUUGUGGAAUCUGUAGUGCAUCCACAAUGACUUCAAAUACAAAACUCCCCUGAUCCGGGACCAAGCAACAACAUUCUGUAUUUGACUGACUGCAUCAAGGGUGAAGCGUAUGCGGUGAGCAGAGCAAGACCCAGACACUGUUCAGGUUGAAAGGAGAUAGUUAAUAUCCUUGGGAAUGUGAGGAGGUCUGGAUCUAAUGGUUCUAAUUCGAGGACCUCUUCUGGUUAUUCCAGGGGUUUCUUGUCCCAUUCCUUCCACCCUUGGUCUUACGGACAAAUGAAACACCUCGACGGUGAUUGUCUGACACAGGAGCUACUUCCUGUUCUACCUGAGCUGCUUUACACUCAAAUAUUGGACAUGGCAAUGUGAAGAGUGGAAUCAGUUUACUCAGUAAUCGCACGGGGGGGGGGGUUAGCAACACGCCUCUUUCACAGCUGCUGCAAAAUAAGCUACAAAGACACAUGCAUGCACGUGCACACACACUCACACUUAUUAAGUACAGCUCGUGCUUGGUCAUAGAGGGUGAAAAAGGCGUGGGUCUCUGCAGGUAGAUUUCAGUUGUCUCAGAAGCUGUCUCAGACCAGAUGGAUGAAAAAUUCUCCCAGGUUCCUCUGACACGUUCGUUUGGCAGCAACCGGUUUUCAAAAUUGAUAUAUUUCUGUGUCUUCGGCUGAAAUUUCUGCAUUUGUAGCAGAUCAAAUUUCAAAAAUUUGAAAUUACAGCAACCAAAAAUAUUUUGUUUUGCUAUCUUCUACAUCCAUAGCUGCCUCAUUUUGUGCCAACUCUAGUUCAGUGUAAUGUUUUGUCCUUCAGGUGGAGCCCGAAACUUCUUCCCUAAGAGGUUGCUAUUACAAACAUCCUUGUUUCUAUGAAAUGCUUCCUGUUAUUGAUUCUCUAUGAUGACGGACCAUUUCAGAAGUCACCUCCAAAAAAUCCUUAACCCACAAAGGUGCAUAGAGCGUGUGUGGAUUUUGGUUUGGGCCCUAAAAAUCAAGCCAGAUUUUAUUUUAGUCCGAUCCAAGACUGAACCACUCAUUAAAACCAGAAAUUUCACUGUAAAGCCUCACGUGCAGUUUCUGCUCUUAAACUACAAGAAGAGUUGGAUCAGAAGAAAAAUGUUUUUGUGUUCAAAUGAUACUUCUUGUUUAUUGGGGGGGGGGCAUAUUCCUUCACUUGUUUGCACAACACGUAGUUUCUCAUGCUUUGUUUAAGGGAAAGAACUGAUGAAUAAAAUGACACUCAACCCGAUUCACGAAAAUUAGGAGAAAUCCGAGGUAGACCUGGACAAACCUGAACCCGUCGGGUCGGGUCGGGCUGACUUUUAUUUCUGACUGAGAAUCAAAGCUCUAACACAAACACACACACACACAAAUAACCAACCAGCUGUUUUGCAAAGAUCGCUCACACAGUUGCAUUUUAAUUUAACCAGCCUCCCCUGUCCUCUGGAGGCAGACACAAAAACACAAAGCCACAUGUUCUUACAACAGCCAAACUUGUGAUAGUAUGACUAUGUGCAAUACAAAAAAAUACAUUAUAUAUAGUUUUCUAAACACUUAAUAUCCUUUUGAACGUUUAGUACUGAAAUGUACAAAUAUAUUGGUUUAUAUAUAUUUUCUUUUUCAGUUACAUCAUGCUGCUUAUUAUUGUGGUUAAUAUUAUUUACAUUAUUAUUAUUAUAAUUGUUAUUACAUGUGUACCUGUUUUCUUUUGUUGUGGCUAAAAGAAGUGUCGGCUCAAUUGCCAAGUGUGCUUGGGUUUUGAAAGUACUGAGCUAUGCGCCUUUCUAUAAUUGAAUGUCGGAGUGUGUGCCGCCGCCCGGUGUCGAAGGCGACGACGGUGGUGAUGAUGAUGAUUAUGAUGAUGAUGAUGAUGAUCAGUGUUUGCGGAACAUUGUGGGUAGACUCUUCACCUCCUGCAGCCAGGCUGGUCCUGAGAGGAGAGGAGGGUGUAAAGGUUUCUGGUUCAGAAAGACAUGGAACAGAGUAGAUAAGAGUUAGAGUAGGAGGAGGAGGAGCGAGGCGGGUUGGCUUCAGGAAAUGUAAUUGGAAAAUAAGAAUGAAUAGCUUUCUCUAUUUUACAGGCAAAAGGUUAAACUUCAACAAAGUGUUAGUGUUUGGUACAUUUUCUUUAUUUAUCCGAAAUGACCACAAGUUUGAGUGUUGUUUAACUCUGUACUUUUACUACAAACCUGUGCCAUGUUCUGUAUUGGUGCUCUGCUGCCCAGCAGAUGACACUGUCAUCCAGUACCUUCAUGCUCAUUGACAAUCAGUAAACAGUGCCUGCUCUCUCUGAACUGAGCUGCGGGGUUAGUUAAUACCCAACUCUUCCAGCAGUAUUGUGAGGUUGACUUAAGGACAGGGAAUGCUAAAGAAGCCAGAACGUUUUUUUAAGUGAUUCUCUGACGCAUAACUGGCAGAACGAUGAAAAUGUGUGGAUAAGAUUUGUUACAGAUGAUUUGGGGUUUUUUUGUUUGUUUUGUUUGUUUUUUUUAAUUAUUAUUAUUAUUAUUUUGCUUGACAAUGUAUUGAAAGUUUGUUUUUCUGUAAACGUGCCUUGUGUUCUACAGUGAGCAGCACAAUCUUAAAAGAUUACCCUCCUAUUAUCAUCUCUUUUUCACAGACCUUUCUUACCUGUUAUUACUCUCGAUGUGGGGAAACUGGCAGAGCACGCUCUGUUUCACAUUCACACUGGCUCUGUCAACACGCGCCACCAUCGUCGUUCUUAUUCUAGUCGGUAACUCAAAGUAAGCAGAAUUAGGUAAGGCAGGGGUUGAGGGGAAAACGGGCAAGACAAUAAAUUACAACUCCUGCUAUCAAAGACCGAUGAGACGUAUAAUCUGAAGGUGGCUUUUUUUCCCCUUAAAGUCGCAUGGAAACGCCACUACGAUUACAUUUUUCUGCAACUCAGUGUUUUUCUUGUUGCAACGUAUUGUUUUAGGAAAGGGAAAAAGGGUUUUUCACCGCAAUGUUGCAACUCAAGUCAUGUUUCAAUUUGAGAAGCUGCUGGUUUUAUUUGGAGUGGAUUGUUCAAAAUUUAAAUUCCAUUUCACAGACUGACGGCUUUGUUGCAUGAAUACACACACACACACAAAAAAAAAAUAUUCAAUCACAUUGUGAUUGCUGUUGUUGUGAUUGUGUUUGAUGGUGGCUCAAGCUGGAGCCAGUCUCCUGCAGGUAAACAUAGCCAGGGUUGUCUGUGAGCUGCCUAGAUAAGCCAGUCUUCUGCAGAGCAGCACCACUGGAUCCAUCAUGGGUGAAGUGCCUUGCUCAAGGGCACCAUCAUUGCGACUGUUGAAGCAGACGGGCGUUGCUCUUUCACUCUUCCCCCAUCCAGUUUUUCUGUCAGCCGGUCCAGACGUCUGACCAGACGUCCUUCCACUUUCUCUAAACCUCUCGUGGACCGCGUUGCCAAUCCACAUCGACCAGGACGGACUGCUGCGUGGACAAUAGCUUUAUAACGAGAGCCGCGACUCUCUGCAGUGUGUGUGUGAGUGCCACAAAGUGUGUGAGGUGUUUCCUGGAUGUGUUUUUGUUUUUUGUUCCUAUGGUUAGAGAGUGAUGACUGACAAUCUUUGACUGACUUGAUCUUGAUUUCGUCACGAGACUUUUACUUGUGUAUCCUUUUCAUUUUGUAUUUUUACUCUAAGGAGCCUCUGCUUUUCUUCGAUGCUUCUUAAUGUAUGAUACAAUUCUGUUACUCUUGAAUUUAUAUUUAUACAGAUAUACAUAUUUUUUGUAUCCCCCCCCCUUUUUUUUUUCAAUUUCCCUUGUGCUAAUGUUCAAACAUCCAUGUCUACACAGUAUUAUAGAUGAUGUAAUGUGGACAGCUAUCUCUUUUUUUUACAUUUAUGUAUGAACAGAGAAUUUGUAAAAAUGCUUUCACAGUCCUUGUGUGUAAAAUGUAUGUAUAAAUUAAAUUAACCAACUUGGACUCGUGCUUUAUUUCAGUGCAUAUGAUGUGUGAACAGAAGGUGCUGAAUCUUAUUUUUAAGGCCUGUCAU